UCACGCUGGUUUGGUGUCAGGUGAAGGAACAGCUGAGUGUCGAGGUUCAAACAUCCGCAGGUUCACCUUGUGUGUGUGUGUGUGUGCGCGCGCGCGUGGACAGCAGCGAUGGUUUGUGGAGGAUACAUUUGUACCAAGAACGCGCUCUGCGCCCUCAACAUACUUUAUGUUCUGGUGAGUCUGCUGCUGAUUGGAGUGGCAGCCUGGGGGAAAUGGUUCGACCUGGUGUCCAGCAUCAGGGUGGUGGCGGCCAUCAUCGGUGUGGGCAUCUUCCUGUUCAUUGUUGCAUUUGCUGGGCUGUGCGGCACACUGAAGCACCACCAGAUCCUGCUCUUCUUCUACAUGAUGAUUCUCUUCAUAGUUUUCAUUGUGCAGUUCUGUAUUUCAUGUGCUUGCCUGGCCCUGAAUAAAGACCAACAGAACCAUCUACUGGAAGUCGGGUGGAACAAGUCCGACGCGACUCAGCAGGACAUAGAGAAAACACUAAACUGUUGUGGCUACUCAAAAGUCGACUACACUGGCACCUGUGCGGCUUCUUGCUUCAAGGAUCCUUCACCAUCUUGUGUCACCUGCUCAAACAUCAUCCUGGAGUAUGCUGGGGAUGUUCUUCGGUUUGUGGGGGGGAUCGGACUCUUCUUCAGUUUCACAGAGAUCCUUGGAGUUUGGCUGACCUACAGAUUCAGAAAUAUCAAAGAUCCUCGAUCAAACAGUGGAGCCUUUCUCUAGCCACUCCCAAAUGUAAUAAAUUGCACUGCUGAGUAAAUGUUUGUGUCCCCAUGACUUAGUAAACAACACUGAUCUGUGCAUGUGUUAGAUAUGAAGUGCGACUGGAACUUUGGAUGAAUAAUUGUGACAUAAUAAUUAUGACAAAUAUCACAAUGGAAGAGUCCUUAAAGUCAUAGUUCAGGAUUUUUUAAGUUUGCUUGAAUGAGGAACUGACACAUGGUGCUGACUGCAUAUCCUCCCCCUACACCAGUAACCAGCUGGAGAUACACAUGCUCAAAACAAUGCAAUGGCAACACAAAGGUCAACUGAUUUUAGCCACUUUAAAAGCUCACUUAAUUAAAAAUGUUCUAACUGGAAACUGAGGUUUGUAAACUCUGUUUUUAAUGAUAAGAUAAUGUGGUGAACGUAGUAUUAACAUAUUUUAGACUUAAGCAGGAGCAGAUUUAGAUUUAGGCGAGCCUUUUGUGUUUUAUUGUGUCCCUGCUUUCAGUGAACUUAAAACAGUUAUUGACAACCACACUUCAAAAAACCCAAACUAUCUCUAGUCAGACUAUUUCCUACAUCUUCCUGCCACACACACACACACCUUGAGCAAAUAGAGUGCAGGUUAGCAGGAUAGGUUCAUGCCUUCAUCACCACUCCUCCCAGAUAAACAGUUCACAUGUGAACACACACACACACACACACGCACUGCAUGUAGUUUCCACACAGUGGAUUUGUCCGGCAUGAUUAAGAUUCAAAUGUAGUCAAAGCUGCUGCAGCUCCACAGACAGUCGACAGAGAUCAUUGUAUUAAACAAAACUCUUUUUGUUUUGUUUGUGUAUUUAUAAGACUGUAAUUAUAUUCAAAUAAAAAUGUGGUUGUGUAUGUUUGCCCUGCCUGACUGGCAACCUCUCCACGUUGUACCCUGCCUUUGGCCCUGUGUCAGCUUGGAUUGGUUCUAGCGCCCUCAUGGGGAGGACGAAGCAGUGGUUUUUCCCUAUUCACAAAUAAACAUGCAGAAUUACAAACGA